AUGCCUACCCUAGCAGCCUACUGCUGCAAUGCUCCCAAGGGCGAUCCGUUUCCAAUAUCCCAAUUGCCAAUACCCUUGCGCCGAUCAUAUAGCCAGGAACACGCGCGCGAGUAUUGUUCACUGGCACAGACGGAGCGUUUCCAUUUAGUGCUUAUGCCAACGGCCCUCCAGUGCUUCCAUCUUCGGAUGCCUGCAGCACACGACAUCAUCUCGCCUGCGAGCUCCAUCGUACUAAGACUUUUGAGUCUACCAAUAUUCUCUGUUCUUCCCACCGCCAUGCCACCUCUUUCAGACUAUAAGAAACUCCAUUAUGCGGGACAGUUCGUGUCGAGCUCCAAGUACAGUCGACUCCUUCAAGUGUUUCUGGUAGUUUUGACCACCGUGACUAUUGCUUGGAUUGUGGUCGCCUACGUCUCACAGAGAAAGAGCCGGACUGUCGACGCCAGUGGGGACGUUCCAGAGAAGCCUGUCACCAGACGUUUGCUCGAGCGACAGGAUUCUGCGAUAUGCCAGAAGCAGUGGGGAUUUGAUCACAACAACCACUUGAAUUCUCUCAAGCAAGAGAUCCUCCAACAUACCGAGAGACCUGUUCAUCCUUGGAUACUACCGCCGCAAGCAUUGCCAGGACCUUACGAUCCGAUGUACUACCCUCUGCCAGCCCCAUCGUUCCGAUGCAAAUCUUCUAGCUCCCUACCGGCGAAUGUCGAAGGAACACACUCGACAUCUUACACUCGUCUCGUACCGAAAUCCGGGACACCACCAGGCGAAGCGGUUCUCUACGGCACAAUGACAACAUCAACCAACGGCUGGCGACGAACACAUUGGAACGUGACUGGCGGUUGA